AUGGGGUGCAUAAUAAGCACAAGCAGUAAUGAAGAUGAGAAUGACCCAUUUAUAAAGAACAAAAGAGCCAAUGAUAUUAUAGAACAAUCUCUCUUAAAGGAGAGACAGAAAGAGAAGAAUGAAAUAAAACUCUUGUUGCUAGGUGCUGGGGAAUCUGGUAAAUCCACUGUAUUAAAGCAGCUGAAGUUGCUGCACAAAGGUGGUUUUAGUCAUCAAGAACGCCUACAGUAUGCACAGGUUAUAUGGGCGGAUGUCAUUCAAUCGAUGAAGAUCUUAAUAGUGCAAGCACGUAAGCUUGGCAUUAGCCUUGAUUGCGAUGACCCAGUAAAUCACCCUGACUUAUUUGAACAUAAAAGAGUACUACUUUCUGCUAAGGCACUCAAUUAUGUUGAUGCUAGCGUUGCAGGUGGUUCAGGGUUCUUAAAUGACUAUGUGAUCAAAUAUUCGGAGACAUAUGCCUUAAAAAGGAGAAGUCAAAGUACUGGUAAGGCAAAAGCCUUCGAGGAUUCAUUCCAAUACCCGUAUGAUGAUAAUGAGAAACUUAAUUUAGAAGAGAUAUCUAAAGGUCUACAUGAAAAUGAUGACGGAAGCAUCUUUAUCAAUAGUAAACAAAUCAAAUCGCCAACUGUCAACAAUAAAACGAUUGCUGCAGCAAUUAGCAACCUGUGGCUAAAAGAUAGAGGGAUAAAGCAAUGCUUCGCCUGUGCUAAUGAGUUUCAGCUGGAAACGUCAGCGGCUUACUAUUUUGACAACGUCGAAAGAUUCUCGGAAAACAAUUAUGUAUGCACAGAUGAAGAUAUACUCAAAGGAAGAAUCAAAACAACAGGUAUAACUGAGACGCAAUUUAACAUCGAAUCAACAAAAUUCAAAGUUUAUGAUGCCGGUGGUCAAAGGUCUGAAAGGAAGAAAUGGAUUCAUUGUUUUGAAGGAAUCACAGCUGUCCUAUUUGUGCUAGCAUUGAGUGAGUACGACCAAAUGCUUUUUGAAGACAGUACAGUGAAUCGUAUGCAUGAAUCAAUUAUGCUGUUCGAGAAGCUCAUCAAUUCAAGGUGGUUUAAAGAUACACCAUUUAUUCUCUUUCUCAACAAAGUAGAUUUGUUCGAGGAGAAAGUCAAAAGAGAGCCCAUUCGCAAAUACUUCCCAGAUUAUCCAGGGAAAGUUGGCGAUGAAAAAGCGGGCAUCAAAUAUUUUGAAAAGUUAUUCUUGAGUCUCAAUAGAUCCAAUAAACCAAUAUACGUAAAACAAACGUGUGCCACCGACACUGAAACAAUGAAAUUUGUAUUAUCUGCCGUUACUGAUUUGGUGGUACAACAGCAGCUAAAAAAAAGUGGUAUCAUAUAA